AUGGCCGUCUUGUCAGUUCUAAGUGUGGUGCUCGGUGCCACCGUCUCAACCGCAUGGGGUCAAACCCUGACGGGCGAGAUGAUCGAGAAGAUGGGAAACAACACUCUCUUCACUCGUUGGAGACCCUAUUCUCAUUUCCUUGCUCCGGCUGGAUGGAUGAACGAUCCUUGCGGCCCUAUGUACGAUCCGGCCCAAGGUCUUUAUCACAUGCAUUACCAGUUUAACCCUAACCACGUCAACUGGGGAUACAACGUGCCGUAUUUGAACGGAACCGAAAGCCAAAGUAUGGCAUACUCUACUGAUGGUGGUGUCACCUGGCAAGAAUACGAGAACAACCCGAUCAUCAGCAGCCCCCCUGAAGGCUGGAACAUCACUGGCUGGCGUGAUCCCUUCUUCCUUCCAAUCCCGGAGCUGGACACGCUGCUCAGCUACCCAGAGCCUCAUUACUAUGCUGUCUUCGGCUCUGGCAUCAAGGGUGUUGGUCCUCGCAUGCCAUUGUACAGCGCUCCUGCUUCUGAUCUCACCGACUGGACUUUCCUCGGUGCUCUCUGGGAGCCAGUAGCGAACAGCACCUUGGGUUCGUUGGUGGAAACCGGCUCCUAUGGGUUCAACUUUGAAGUUUCCAACUUUUUCGAGCUUGAUGGCCGUUACUUCGUCAGCAUGGGCGCUGAGGGCGGUGAAGUGAGCUUCCACGACCGACGGUGGUCCUUGUGGAAUGAGGGCACUGUUUCAGCUCGCUCUAACGGCAGUGUUGCUUUCAACCCUAUUGCAGGUGGUGCCGCCGACUGGGGUCUUCUCUAUGCGAUUACAUCGUUCAAUGACACCAAGAACAACCGUCGUAUUCAGUACGGAUGGGCAGCGGAGGACAUGGACAACUUCGGCAUCACUCAGCAAGGUUACCAAGGAGCAUUGUCAUUGCCUCGCGAGCUGUUCAUCAAAAACACCGUCGGUGUUGUCCACAACCCUGCCGACACCACUCCCGGCAACUCCCGCUACUUCCAAACCUCCAACGGCACCUGGACCGCCAGCACUCUCGGUGUCCGUCCAGCCAGCGAUGUCGUCGAAGGUCUUCGCCGCGGCUCCCACCACACCAAGACUCAGUGCAGCCGCAGAAUCUGCGACAACACCAGUCGACUCCCGCUGCCCAGCAAGCUCAGCAACUCUUACGAGCUGAAGCUGGUCAUCAAGAACACCACCGGUGCCACGGGUGUGACCGUUGCUUCCUCGCCCGGCGGCGAGGAGUACACAAACAUCUACUACGACCCGGCCAAGCACUCCGUUGUCCUCGACCGCCUCCACUCCUCCCAGAUCAGCAUGUUCCCCAACACAACGCUUGCCGGCCACUUCGAGCCCUACCGACUGAACAGCGCGGGCACAGAACCCAUCGAAUUGGACAUCUUCGUUGACGGCUCUCUCGUCGAGGUCUUUGUCAACGACCGCUUCGCUCUUACUGGCCGCAUCUACCCCAGCCGGGACGACAGUCACGGAUUUUCUUUGUACUCUGCCCCUGGCGCUCACGUCCAGUACUCGGAUAUUGAGAUCUGGGAUGGCUUGGUCAACGUCUGGCCUCAGAGACCGUUGAACAGCAGCUCCGAGCUUGUCUUUGACACACCCGCUGAGACGAACAACUACACUUGGUGGCUGGGGAACUAG